CACGCUGUCACUCAAUAGUCUUCCUCUGCACUGAUGUCUGCUUCGGUCGUUUUAGCCGCUGUCCUCGGCGGUGGGGUCAUCUUUAUUGCCAGAAGAAUAUUCCUCAGGCGGAAAACGCUGAAAUUAUUGACCUAUCCUGUCGGUGCGAUGCGCGGAAAGACUGUGAUAGUGACCGGGGCGAACUGCGGUAUCGGGAAGGCGACGGCGGCGGAGCUGCUGAAACUGCAGGCCCGUGUGAUCAUGGCGUGUCGGGACAGACAGGGGGCUGAGGAGGCGGCACAGGACAUCAAGAAUCAAGCCGGUCCCGAUCAAGGCGAGAUCGUCGUCAAACACUUGGACCUCGCGUCGCUACAGUCCGUGCACAGUUUCUGCGAAGAAGUGAUCCGGGAUGAGCCACGGAUUGAUGUUCUCAUCAACAACGCUGGUCUCUACCAGUGUCCCUACAGUAAAACAGAAGAGGGCUUUGAAAUGCAGCUGGGAGUGAACCACUUGGGCCACUUCCUUCUAACCCACCUCCUGCUGGACCUGCUAAAGAGGUCGGCCCCCAGCCGUAUCGUCGUGGUCUCCUCCAAACUCUACAAGUAUGGCAACAUCAACUUCGAGGACUUGAACAGUGAACAGAACUACAACAAAUCUUUCUGCUAUAGCCAGAGCAAGCUUGCCAACCUUCUUUUCACCCAUGAGCUGGCCCGCAGACUGGAUGGAACUGGAGUAACUGUCAAUGCCCUCACUCCGGGGAUCGUUAGGACCAGGUUGGGUCGACAUGUCCACAUUCCCCUGCUGAUUAAGCCCCUUUUCUUACUGGUUUCCUGGUUGUUCUUCAAAAGCCCACUGGAGGGAGCUCAGACACCACUGUACCUGGCAUGCUCACCCGAAAUUGAGGGCGUGUCUGGAAAAUGCUUCGCUAAUUGUGAAGAAGAACAAUUGCUCUCUAAAGCCACCGAUGACCAUGCAGCCAAACUGCUCUGGGACAAAAGUGAAAGAAUGGUAGCCUUAAAGAAGUGAGGGAAAGCACAGAACUGUCCUUCUCAGAGAUGGCAAUUUGUCAAACCGUGAACAUCAGUAUAGUGGAUUUCUCUUUUUUGGGGUGGUGGUGGUGGGGGGUUGUUGGUUGGCCAAGCACCUGAGGGACUUGCUGGAUAAUAGACAGGAAAUUAAAAUGUCCAUCUGUUCCCUGUAGUUUUGCUGCAGUGUUUUUGGAGAUGCCCUCAGGCUGGUGACUCACUCUUCUCUGUGAAUGAGAGCCUAAAAUAUCAAGUCCAACUUAUCCCUUGAAUACAAAUUACAAGAGCAACAAGCCCAAGAAACAUAUGGCUCAGAAAUAUCGUGAACAUGUGCCAUGAACAUCAUGUUGCAUUCUUGACGCAGAUUAAUAGGUACUUUGUGACAGCGUUAUUACAAUACAUCAAGAUUGUCGAAUGUUAUUCUGUAAUUAAUUUGACAGCUCUUUUCAUCUAUGAAGUCAACCGGAAAGUAAACUGGUGACACACUCUCAGAAUAUCAUCUUUUUAUUACAGUGUAAGCGAGAAGACCAGGUCUGUAACUUAUUUUAAGAGAUGUUUGUGAUGUUGAAAAUGUUUGUGACAACUCAGCGUCCAAAUAGAUUAAAAAAGGAAAAUACGUAGGAGGCAGUUGAGCAGAUAGUGUUGUGUAUCUACUCAAAUAAAAAAAAUAAAAAAAACAGACUAAUGGCUGUGUAAAUAUCAUUACCUCCUCCAUGUACUGGUGUGCAUUAUCUAUUAUUAGAUAUCUCUCAUUCACAGCGGUGCUGUUGGCAGGGAAUAUACUAGCUACUGUCCUUAAUUACACAGGCUAGCAUGAAGUCUUUUGAGUAUGAAUGCAGUGCCACUUUUACAUGCUGUACAGACUGUAAAUGAAAUAAAUGCUGGAAAAGAG